ACUCGGCUUGGAAUCUUCCCGGGAAGCGUCCCCUGCCUGUGCCCAGGGGCGCAGCUGGGCGCCGCUGGACCAGGCCGGGGAGCAUGGAGCACCGAAUAAUUGGACCUGGGCCCUACCGCGCAACGAAACUGUGGAAUGAAACAAUUGAGCUUUUUCGUGCUAAGAUGCCAUUACGGAAACAUAGAAGUCAUUUUAAAAGCUAUGAAUGUUGCUUCACAGCCUCAGAAGCUGUGGAUUGGUUACAUGAUCUACUCAGGAGAAGCCAGAACUUUGGUCCAGAAGUUACUCGCAAACAAACGGUACAGCUGCUAAAAAAGUUCCUGAAGAAUCAUGUUAUUGAAGAUAUCAAGGGAAGGUGGGGUCGGGAAGAUUUUGAGGACAACCGACAUCUCUACAGGUUUCCCCCUUCUUCACCCUUGAAACCGUACCCAAAGAGAUCGCCCUACCAAGCAAGCGUUAUCAAAUUUCCAGACUGGACUGAUCAACCACCAGGCACCACCCAAGAAAACAUACCUGUCAAGCCUAUUGUUAUGAAUUCUGAAUCGUGGUAUAAGAGACACAGUAUUGCAAUUGGAGAAGUACCUGCCUGCCGCCUUGUCUACCGGAGACAACUGACAGAGGCCAAUGUGGAGGAGAUCUGGAAGUCUAUGACGUUAUCACAUUUACAGAAAAUCCUCGAAUUGGACUCCCUGGAAGAAGUAUUGGAUACAAAGCUUGUCAACUCAAAGUUUAUCAUCCACAAUGUAUACAGUGUUAGUAAGCAGGGAGUUGUCAUCCUCACAGAUAAAUCAAAAGAACUUCCUCAUUGGGUGCUAUCAGCUAUGAAGUGCUUAGCAAAUUGGCCUAGUUGUUCAGACUUGAAGCAGCCUAUGUAUCCCGGGUUCGAAAAAGAUGUCUUUAAAACUAUAGCAGAUUACUAUGGUCACUUGAAGGAACCUCUGCUCACCUUUCAGCUUUUUGAUGCCUUUGUCAGUGUUCUGGGUUUGUUACAGAAAGAGAAAAUUGCUAUUGAAGCAUUUCAGAUUUGCUGUCUCCUCCUGCCUCCUGAAAAUCGGAGAAAGUUACAACUGUUGAUUAGGAUGAUGGCGAAGAUCUGCCUAAACAAGGAGAUGCCACCACUUUGUGAUGGCCUUGGCACCCGUACUCUGAUGGUUCAGACGUUUUCACAUUGUAUCCUGUGCUCCAAGGAUGAAGUCGAUUUGGAUGAGCUGUUAGCUGCCAGAUUAGUGACAUUUCUGAUGGACAAUCACCAGGAGAUCUUGCAAGCUCCCUCUUCCUUACAGAAUGCUAUAGAAGAGCGAGUGGCCCAUCUACGGAGGGUCCAGAUAAAAUACCCAGGUGCAGAUACUGAUGCAUCUCUGUCUGCCCCAUCAUUUUGUCGUCAGAUUAGUCCAGAAGAAUUUGAAUACCAGAGAGUGUGUGGCUCCCAAGAACCCCUGGCAACAUUGUUGGAGGAAAUUAUCAUGGAUAGCAAACUGUCGGUCAAGGAUAAAAAGAAAAAAAUGAAGCAGUUUCAGAAAUCCUAUCCUGAAGUCUACCAGGAGCGAUUUCCCACACCAGAGAGUGAAGCACUAGUGUUUCCAGAAAAAUCAAAACCUAAACCACAGCUGCUGAUGUGGGCACUGAAAAAGCCUUUUCAGCCUUUUCAAAGAACUAGAAGUUUUCGGAUGUGACUUGUUCUGAACUCCUUAAUGAUCUCUAUUUGAGUACAUGGAUUUGGAAGAGAGGGAAGCACACACAUUUUGACUUCUGAAAUGUAUAAAAAAAGGUCAUCUGAUAUUUUAAAAAAUAUUGAGCCACUAUCAGUAUUUUAAUAAGCCUUAAUUUCUAUUUUUUUAUGGAAAGUUGUAUUCACAAUUAUAGGCCAGGUGUUGAGUAGUAGAAUGAAAUUGGAAAUUGUAAGAAUGAGGUGUUUUAGUUCUCUUUAGUCCCUUCUUUUAAUUGGUAUUUUCUUCAGUGAAUUGUGUUUGUGUGUGUAUGUGUGUGUUUUGUAUACGGGUGUGUAAAAGUUAUUAGCUCUUGAGAUACUUGUAAACAAGCUUAAAAAUAUGACUGUACUUGAAUGAGAACAAAACACUGGGUACUGUUACUAUCUUGUUAUUGCCUCUGCAACUAGGUAUGAUUUCUACUGUAUAAAUUCUGUGACUUUUCUUAACUGUACAGUUUCCUUAGGCCCUAGUUCCUUUACUCUUGAUGUAUAGGGCAUCGAGAUGGAUUUCAAUGAACUAGCUCCCUUCUCCCAUGACAUAUCGUUCAAUAUUUGUCAAUCUGCUCAUUGGAAUGGCCAGAUUUGGGAUCUGGCCAAAAAUGGAAGAGAUUGGACAAGAUAAACUGCUCCAGGUGCUCUCAGCUCUGUAAUUCCUAGUCAAAACUUUUCUGUUUUUCUGUGAAAAACACAAACAGGUGAAGAACAAUGAAACUGACUCCUUUCACAAAUGCAUCUUUCCAAGCCAACUCAAAUUCUUUUGGAAGUUGGCAGGGUCUGGAUGUAUAUAUGUA